AUGGAUCUAUCACCUGAGGAGAUUCACAAUAUUAUUGAUGACUUAGGAAACCUACCCAUUAAAACAAUAGGGAUAACACAAGAUGAUAUUAUCACACUACUUAAACUCACAUUAGACCCAUAUUCCUCACUUCGGAGUGGUUAUAGAGUGAAAAUCAUAAAGAAUCUUUUAUACCCAAAAGCACCAAUACCGAAAGAUGUUGUGGUUGAUAUAUGUGGAAGCUUUGGGGUGAAGACUGGUAAUAAUAAGGAAAAAAGAUUAUCCAACACAAUUCAAGUAUUAAUAAUAAAAUGGCUGGUAUCAGUUUACUCAUUCUUAGAAGAUCCUUCGAUAAUUGAUAAAUUAUAUGGUUUGUUAUUCAACUAUUUAGAAUUUGAGUAUCUAAGACCUCACAUUGCACACUUAUUAUUAUUAUCAACAAAAAAGUUCCACGUUAAUACCAAAAGAAUCGAUAGACUUCGAGGAUUAAGAUCAAAAUAUGAUGAAUCCGAACAUCUUAUAGCAUUGUUAAUCUUAUACAAAGAAUUUGCACCAGAUCAAAUUUUUGACAUUCUCCCAAAUAUAUCACACACCAUAUUUAGUCAUCCAAACUACACAUAUUUGCAGGAGCUAAUAAAUCUAAGGAAACCAAAUGAUAAGAGGGUAUUACAAGUGACAAAUGAUGAACUUCAACAAGUGGAAAUAUUCGGGCAGAAACUAAAGAAGAGGAAAAAGAUAUCAUCAAGGGUUGAUACAUCUACAACAGUCAAAACAAAUAAUCAAUUUCAUUCAAUACCUGAGCUUGUGAAAAGUAUUGAAAAUCUAAAGUUACCAUCUGAUAUAGCUAACGUUGUUCAUGAUAAACAUGAUAACUCCUUGUUAUUAUUCACUUCACUCUCCAAUGAAAAAGAUUUUAAUAGAUUGGAUGCUGGGCUAGAAUUCGUACUGGAAGAUUUUGAAGAAUUAUCUGCACUAGAUCAGGAGAGUUUGCUACAUGAUUUGAUAUUUUUUGUGGAAAGAACCAACCAUUUACCUGAAUCAUUAUUAGAGAAUUUGUUAAAGAUACUGAACAAGAAAGGUGAUACAAGCUCAAGCCACUUAACGGUAUACAUAUGGAAACUUAUCUGUUUUAUACCGCUCGAUCACUCUUAUAAUCUAUCCAUAGCAUUACAAAGUAUAAUAAGUGCAGGUCACAUAAAUAAUUUAGAGUCCACAAUAGCGUUACUGAACUCACUUACAUUGUUAUUCUCAAGGUGGCUGUUUGAAUUGAAAGAUAAAGCCGAAGCUGUUGAUACUUAUCAAGAUAUUUUACAUGUUUGUACAAAGAUCAAACAUUACCUACCAGAUUGGCUUAUAAAAUUUCAAAUGAACCUAAAGCUGGUAUUCCAUGUCAUCAAGUUUAUCAAUAUCAAUAAAAGUACACCAAAAUCACAUCAAAACAUUGAAAAUGUUGUUCUUCCACCAAACUUGACCUAUAUGUUAGUAUUUGUUAAUCAUCCAUAUGUGAUCUCAGAAAUUUGUGGGUAUUUAAACUUUGCCAAAUUUUUCUUACAAGAAGCAAUCAGCAACGACCUUACGAUCAAGCUAACGGCUGUUCAUAACUCAUAUGUUGUUGAUCUUUGUAAUGCUCUUUGGAGAAAUAGAGCUUUUCAUGUAUCAAAUAAAAAAGAAGGGGAAACAUCAUUUGGACUUGGUUCUGAUUUCAUAAAUUCAUUAAGUGUUAAAGUUCCAAUAUUUGAUAGGAACUCAACUUUCCCAUCUUUAUUCAAUAUCAGUCACUCACCAGCUUUUGCUUCUAAGUCAGCUAAACUGUUGAGAAUUCUUGAAGAUGAAGACCCUGAAUGUACAUUUCGCCAUGCAGGUCCAUUGACAAAUGGAUCUAUCGUUGAACUUCAAAAUGAUCCUGAAUCAAAAUGGUUGAAGACAAAUUAUGAGGAUACAAAGCUACAAAUUCUGAGAAAAAUGGAUAGGGAACAAUGUUACAGAGGACUUGCAGAUUUGCUAUUCUCACAUUUGAAGAGUCUUUUGGGAAAGCGCUAG